AUGGCAACUCCAUACCCCAGGAGAAAGCCGUCGACUCAGUCUGCUUCCAGCAACGACUCACGCAGCCAAAGGAGUAACGACUCAUACACAUCACACUCUACGGCACCCACGUCGAUCUACUCGUCACCAUGUCCUUCAGACCUCAAGGACUCACCGUGCUCGACAGAUAGCAGUGCCUACACCACCAACGCGGCCAGGUAUCAACACACGUACGACUCCCGUGACGAUGUCAGCCCGGCUACCUCGCUCUACCCCCGCUCGUCGGUCGAUACGUAUGCCUCGACGACAGCCUCACGUGAGGAGAUCGACGUCUUGGACACCGAGGAGCUGGUGGACGACUCCUGCAAUGCGAUCCCACCGUUACCGGUCUACAGGCGUGAGGUUGUAGAGCACAACGUCCGGGCCUCGACACCUCAAGACUUCGCCAAGCUCUUCCCUUCGCAGAACCGCCUGACGAUCCGCCACGAUGAGUUCACCUCGGACGGGAACAUGAACCUGCGUAUCGACACCGUGGUGACGGGGCGGAGGAGGACGGCCAUCCAGCUUUUCCACCUACGCAUGUACGACUUGGCAAAGCGGGAGUUCUCUCUUCGACGGUAUUCGCGGGAUUCGGGGCGCGAGGUCUGCAGUGCGAAGCGCAAGUUCACCGAGCCCGCUGGUGUUGCUGCUGCCACUACUAUUGGGAAGUCUACGGCCUUGGCGAUGACGACGACGGAGGAGAAGCCCACGCUGAAGAAGUCCGUUUCUGCCGCGCUCCGGACACUUGGUGGAAGGAAACCUGGUUUACGCCGCGCGAAGUCCAUCGCAUCGACGACCACUAGCCGCCCCGACACGGGUUACUCGACAUGCGAGGGCGACGAGGAUGACUUUUUCCUCGACGGAGCUAACAUGUCUCGCCUGUCGCUCGACGGCCGCCUGGCCAAGAACAAGGCGCAGCGGCCGACCGCCACCAACACCAUCAAGCUGGAGUUCAGCAACUACGCACGCGUGGACGUCAGCCGCCGUGGGGGUAAGGGCAACAAGCGGUACGACUUUGAGUGGUGGGGCCACAAGUACAGCUGGAAGCGCUCCGUCGACAAGCAGCUCGGCCUGGUGUCGUUCCACCUCUUGCGGGACGGGGAUGUGAGCGCGCCGGUCGCGCACAUCGUCCCGGAAACGAGGUCGCCGACCCAGGUCCAGGCUGACGACAACGCCGGUGGCUGGGUUCCGCCAUGCUUCAUGUGGAUCGCUGACGAGACGGUCGUGGAGGCCAUUACGGACGUUGCCGACGUCAUCAUGGCCACGGGACUCAUGGCGCUCGUCGAUGAUUGCAUCAAGGAGCGGUGGCAGACCAAGAAGGCCCACCGAAUCCCGAUGCCGUCGACCUUCAAGUCGGUCAACUUCGAGGCGGUCAGCCCCAAGGCCAUCGUCCGGCAUGUCUUCGGCCGCCGGAACUCCAACAACCACGGUCACACGCGCCCCACAACGCCGUCUAGCCCGCUCCGAUUCGCGAAUACCAUCGCGCAAUAG